CCAGUCAUCAUCAGCUCGACCCUCAAACUCGAGCAAAAGAUAAGAUUGGUGGCCCUAUUGAAGUAGUACGAGCGAGCUCUAGCGUGGAAGAUCACUGAUAUCCGUGGGAUCAGCCAUUCCUUCAGUUACCACUAGAUAUUGUUGGAGGAUGAGAUUCAGUCGAUGAGACAGCCCUUGUUGAGAUUGACACCGAACCUGAAGGUUGUGGUUCGAGCGGAGAUUAUCAAAUUGAUAGAUGCUAGAAUCAUCUUCGCCACUUCUGAUAGUGAGUGGGUCAGUCCCACUCAACUGGUGCCUAAGAAGGGUGGGAUGACUGUGGUCCCAAAUGAGAAGAAUGAGCUCACUUCCCUCUGCCACAUCUGUCAAGGGGAUCCACAGUUUCUUGAGCCAUGCGCGGUUCUAUAAACGGUUCAUCAAAGACUUCUCGAUGAUUGCCCUACCACUGACAAAGAUCCUAGAGAAGGAUUUCCCCUUCCAUUUCACUGGCGCAUGCACAACAGCAUUUGCAACAUUGAAGGAGAAGCUCACUCAUGCUCCUAUCAUGGUUACUCCCGAUUGGACCUUACCGUUCGAGCUUAUGUGUGAUGCAAGUGACUUUGCAGUUGGAGCUAUCCUGGGGCAGAGGCGAGACCAGCAUUUUUGUCCUAUCUACUAUGCCUCAAAGACCCUCAAUGAAUCCAGGAGAACUACACCACCUUAGAGAAGGAGUUGUUGGUGGUGGUGUUCGCCUUCGACACGUUUUUCCCUUAUAUGGUCUUGUCCCGUAUGAUAGUGUACACAGAUCAUUCCGCAAUAAGAUACAUGAUGAGCAAGGCUGAUGCCAAGCUUCGGCUCAUACGAUGGAUCUUAUUACUACAGGAGUUCGACAUCGAGAUCCAAGACAAGAAGGGAGACGAAAAUGUUGUUGUAGGAUCUUAUCAUUGCAGGAGUUCGACAUUAAAAACUUGACUCGCAC